AUGCAAGGUUUCCAUGAAACGCGACAUGGGCAAAGCAAGCAAGCAACGAGGUUGGCCCGAGUCGUGUCCCGCAUCGUCGUCGCUGGGUCCACGGCGUCGUCCCCUCCACCUGCCCGGAGCGGCAGUCGACAGUCAAUCGAUGGCUGGUUUCGACGAUGGGCGUUUGAGGCUGGCGGCUGGCGCGACGUGUGUGUGCCGUGUGUAUACGAGAUGUCGCGCAUACAGACGGACGUGCGGCUCGGGUCAGGCGGCGCGAAUGUAUGUAUGUGCGGUUUCUGCAGGGUCCAGGCGUCGUCGUCGUCGUCGUCGAGGCGGCGGGUCUUUGCUUGA